AUGGAGGCGCCCGUUGGCUCUGGCGACGCCCCUGGCGAUCCGGCGGCUCCGCCACCGCCCCAGCCCCCGUCCCCUGCCUCGCCCACGGCCUGCCUGCCGGUGCCCCCCUCGCCCGCCCCGCCGUCGACUCCCCCCGCUGGCACGGCGCGCGUCAUCUGGGCGGACCUCGCCGAUGCUGACGACGUCGCCGCGGGGCGCCCCGUCGCCUGUCGGGAUCGCGGGUGGGAGUUCGGCCGCCCGCGGGGUCGAUCGGCGCCGCCGCCGGCCGUCGGACGCGCCGUUGCCGAUGGGGUCGAAAGGUGCCCCCUUGGGGUCUCGGGCUCCCCGCCGGAGUCGCCGCGCCGGUGGCUGGGAUGUCGCUGGCCGCGCAGACCGCGGCGCCGCGCGCUCGUCCUGGAGGCCCACUACGCCGGCGUCGUCCUCCUCCGCUCCGGCCAGCUCGUCGCCGGCGCCCUCAUCGGAGCUCUCGGCCGUUCUCUUCAGGCGAUCUCCGUUUCACCCGUUCAUCUCCUCCUUUGGCGCCGCCGUUUCCCUGUCCCCUGCUGGCCGGCGUGCCCCGGCCUGGCCGCGCCGCCCCUGUCCUGCCCCGGCGGCGGCCACCGCGGCGGCGCUCGGGGAAACCCUUGUGCCCCGCCUGGUUGCCCCGGGCCGGUCGUACCAGGCCGCGCUGGUCCUGGGCCGCCCCGUAGCCCACUCCGUUGGGCCCACCCCAGAGCCUUCGGCCGCUGGGCCGCUGGGUGGGGAGCGGGCCGUUGGCCGCUCCGUGGGCCGGCCUCCUGGCCUGGUUUCGCCCCGUUCGGCCUAGCAUCACCCUUUGGUGGCAACUGGCCCGGCUCGGCGCUCCAUCUGGCCCCCGAUAGGGUUUCCUCGCUCCUCCCGUCCCACGCCUCCAGCGCCCCUCCCCGACGCGCCCCAGCCGCCCCUCUCGCCGACUCCAGCGGCCACCUCGCGCCCCCCCUCCCCCGCCGGCCAUGCCCCGGGAUUGGGGCGAUGAUGAGGCCCGCCCCAAGCGCCCCGCGGAAGACCGCCGGGAUCCGCCUUGCUCCUCCCCUGACGGCCUCCGGCGGGAGGCGGACCUCAGGAACCAGCUCUCCUCCCGCCCGACCCGGCGCUCCCCCGCUCGAGACUCCCGCGACUCCCACCGAUCCUCCCCCCGCCAGUCCCGUCGGUCCCUAG